AUGCCUAUCGUACGCGACACGGGCCUUGACAAUGUUGCCAAGCCCGCCUCAAGCGCCUCGAAGACCCCUGCUUCCACUGCGAGCAAAGCACCAGCCAAGACGGAGUCAAAGGCUGCGAAGAAGUCGACGAAGUCGCAGUCUGCUGAGGGUGAUAAGAAGAAGCGUCGACGGGCUCGUAAGGAGACGUACAAUUCUUACAUCUACAAGGUGCUCAAGCAGGUGCAUCCUGACACGGGCAUCUCGAACAAGGGUAUGGCCAUCCUCAACUCUUUCGUCAACGAUAUCUUCGAGCGCAUUGCCACUGAGGCGUCCAAGCUCGCAUCCUACUCAAAAAAGUCCACCAUAUCAUCACGGGAGAUCCAGACCAGUGUCCGCCUCAUCCUGCCUGGUGAGCUGGCGAAGCACGCAAUUUCGGAAGGUACCAAGUCGGUUACCAAAUUCUCGUCAUCUCAGAAGUAG